AUGUCUCAAGCUAUUCUGGGAGUGGUGACUACGGUCACUGCAGUGUCUGUUGUCACUGCAAUCAUUAUCUCUGCUUCAAUCCUUAUUGAUAUUAACAAUUUCUCCGAUGAAAUCUCACAAGAUUUGGUUCAAUUCCGUGGACAUUAUGAUGAUGCAUGGAGAACAAUGAUGGUUAACGAGGGAAUGAGAGGAUUGGUUGCAAGAAAGGCAAGACAAGCUGGAUAUGCUACUGGAGCAGCUGCUGAGCAACAGUGCAACUGCGGAGCCCAAGCCGCCGGAUGCCCAGCUGGACCACCAGGACCAGCAGGAGAAGACGGAACUCCAGGAGAGCCAGGAACUGACGGAGAAGACGGUGGAAACGGUAUGCCAGGAGUCGCUCAAAUGGCAAUGGACGUCAAUGGAGGAGCCUGUAUCAAGUGUCCAGCAGGAGAGCCAGGACCAGCUGGACCAGACGGACCUGCAGGACCAGCAGGACCAGCAGGAAACCCCGGAAAGGACGGAGAUGCUGGAGCACCAGGAGAGGCUGGUCCACCAGGACCACCAGGACCACCAGGACCAGACGGAAAGGCUGGAGAAGCUGGAAAGGACGGAGAACCAGGAGCAGCCGGAACGAAGACAACCAACUCUCCAGGACCAGCAGGACCUGCCGGAGCUCCAGGACCACCAGGACCAGAUGGAGAAGCUGGAGCCGGAAGUGGACCAGGACCAGCUGGACCAGCAGGACCACCAGGACCAGCCGGAAAAGACGGAGAGGCUGGAGCACCAGGUAAAGAUGGAGAUGCUGGAGCUGAUGGAGCCCCAGGAAGUGAUGCUGCCUACUGCCCUUGCCCACCAAGAUCUGCUGCUCUUGGAGCCGGAGGAGGUGCUGAACCAGCUGGAGCUGAGAAGGAAGCCGCCGCAGAGCCAGCUGCUGCUGAGCCAGCAGCCGCAGAGGGAGCCGGAGGAGGAGCCGAACCAGCUGGAGCCGAGAAAGCUCCAGACGCUGCCGCUGAGCCAGCACCAGCAGCAGAGGGAGCUGGAGGAGGUGAAGAGCCAGCUGGAGCUGCCGAAAAAGCUCCAGAAGCCGCUGCCGCAGAGCCAGCACCAGCUGCAGAGGGAGCUGGAGGAGGUGAAGAGCCAGCUGGAGCUGCUGAGAAGGCUCCAGAAGCCGCUGCUGCCGCUCCAGAAGCUGCACCAGAAGGAGCCGGAGGUGGUGGAUACGAUGGAGGAGCUGCCGAGCCACCAACCAAUGGACAAGGUGGAGAGGCUGCCCCAGCUUACCCAACACAUAAGAAUAUCUAUUAA